UUGGGACUGUUUUGCCGAUGUUCCUGCCGCACCCGUUGCUAGAAGAAAGGAAGGCUGGCGGUUCGCACGGAUUUGUGCCCGGUCCGGAGGAAACGGGCUGCCCCUCCGUGGGAGCGGUGAAUGAGCGAGCUUGCAUGAAAAAAGGACGAUAGGCGUCUGUCUGGCUCUUUGGUCGUCAGUCGGUGGGGACUGCAGUUGUUAUUUAUUGUGGUUUGCAAACUAAAAUAUAUUGAAUAUGCCGGAUCUUAUGGCAUUAGAGGAGAAGACAAAUAAAAAGCUCACAGAAUUUAUCCAGAAUGUUCAUGAUAGAGAUUUUGUAUGGAUGGAUGAGAUUCUCGAAGAAGCUAUCAAGAUGUUUAAGAGGAGUAGCUUUGAUGGAGAACCAGAAUUGAUGCCAAAAACCCCAUCUCAAAAAAAUCAUAGAAAGAAACGUUUUUCUUCUAUUAAGAAUGAUCAACUUGCUACAAAAAGAUCAUCUAAAAGAAACAGUGCCCGGAUCAGAGCUUCAAAGAGGAUUUCCCAAAAUGCUCAGCACAAAAAAGAAUUAGAAAUGCAGAAAGCUGAAGUAGAGAACACCUCUCCUUGUGUUCGUGUGACUAGAUCAAAGGCUGCCAGGUCUUUAAGGUCUCUCUCCGUUGCUGCUAAUCCAGUUAUUGCUUUAGCCAAAGGGAGGAUACCUCUAGUAGAAAUUAGUGCCAACGAGAGGCGCAGUGCAGAAGUGCAGGUGGAAAAAACGCCACCUCAAAUAACAAAAGAUGCCUUAAGGCAUACUUUGUCUCCAUCACCUAUAAAGAGAGCAGAACCCUUGUCUGAAAAGUCUGUGAUCAUAAUCCAAAACACUCCUGAGGAAAAACUAAAAAAAGAGGUGGGACGGACAGCAUGUAAGUUGAAGAUAGCAACUGUGUCUCUCUACAAAACUAUUGAAAAAGAAGAGCCCAGCUCUGAAAAAUUAUGUCCACAGCAACAAGAAGAUGAGCUGCUCUCUGAACUCAAAGGCACUUUGAAUUUAAAUGAAUCGCCACACACACCUGUCCCUAAAGGAAGUCGUCGCUCAGUGCGCCGAAGCCUGAUGGGCAGAUCCUCCACAAGCUCUAGAGCCUCUCUGGUCAACAGAUAUUCGCUAAGCACCAAAAGGAAACAAAUUGUCUUGAGACGCAGUAGCAGGACUGUAUCCAAACAACAAUCUGUCCAGCAGGAAUCUAUACAUACACAAAAAAACACUAUUACAGAAAAGUUUCUGGUUAAAGAAAGUACUGAAUCCAGAGCAACAUUAGAUUCUAUGUCUCAUUCUCAGAAGGUUGAUGAAAAUCUCAACAAAUCCCUUUAUUCUAAUAAGACUGGUAUGCAAGAGACUCCCCGAUCCGAAGAAAAACAGCAUAAAGGAGAAAGCGAAGAUGAGAGCUCUGAAAUGAGUGAUGCAUUACAAAAGCAGCCUCUGAGUGCCCGGAGAAAGCCAAGCUAUAAGAGAGCAAUUCGUGAUAGAGAUGAUGGACAGCACACAGAAGAUGAGCUCUCUCCACCAAGAAAAAAGACUCUAUCUCCUCAAUGUCCUGCCAGCAAGAUGGUGCGUCCUUUGAAAACGUUCUUGCAUACAGUGCAGAAGAACCAAAUGCUGAUGACUCCUGCCUCUGUAAAUCAAAAGAACACAAUAAAAUCAUUCCUCAGGCAGAACACUCCUCUCCGCUUCACUCCCAAGGAAAAAGAGAGACAGCGGUUAGAGACCAUGAGGAAGAAAGAAGAGGCUGAGCAACAAAGAAAAAGGAAAAUGGAGGAGGAAAAGAAACGGCGAUUAGAGGAAAUGAAACGUAAACGUGAAGAGCGCCUACGAAAGGUGUUGCAGGUUCGGGAGCGAGUAGAGCAGCUAGAGGAAGAAAAGAAACGACUUGAACAAAAGAUGGCUCAACAUGAAGGGAAGAAUGAGAAGAAGAAAAGAGAGGAAGAACAGGAAAGAGCAAGAAAGAUCGCGGAACAACACAAGGCUGAGCUGGAAAGAGAAAAAGAACUGUCUGCUAAGAGAGAACUGGAGAAGAAGCAAGAGCAGGAAAAGAUCCAGGCACAGCGGAAGCAUGAACAGCAAGAAAAGGAAAAGGCUGCACGCUUGCAGAGAGAGGUUUUGCAAGCAGCUAAAGAAAAAGAGAGGCUCAAGAAAGAAAUGGAAGAAAAAGAGCGGAAGUUGCAGGAGCAACGGAAGCAAGAAGAGGAACUAUUGAAAACAACUUCAGAGGCUCAGGCAAAGAUUGCUAAUAAGCAACUGAAUGUAACCAUAACUAUUGAGAACUCACCUAUCUGUGAUUCAUAUCCAAUGACACCUCAAGGCCAACAACCCAAGAUUGAUCUAAAUAAUUAUGGAAUGGAUUUGAACAGUGAUGAUUCAACAGAUGAUGAGAGUCAGCCCGCAAAACCAUCCCUACUUGGGCUUCUGGAAGUCAACUAAGCCAGCAAUCUUGCAUCAAUAUUUAACCCACCAGACACCAAAGCACUCUUUGGAGUGGUGAAGAGUCCCAGUUGGAAGAAAUCUUUGAUAAGAGCAAGCCACGUUAUUUCAAGCGCACAAGCUCUGCAGUGUGGAAUUCCCCACCUUUCAAGGGGGCAAAACUCUGUCUUCUGCCUUCAAGAGGUUUUAAUGCCUGUCUAAUAUGUGUCUGGUAUG